UUCACCACUCUGUGGUCUGUAUGAACCCGUCAAGUCAGCUGCUAAAUAUUCGGUGUGUUUGCUAAUUCAUAUUCAUCAGCGCUUACAGGAGUUUACAGUCACAUUUUUGCCACUGAUCGUAUGAAGGCUGAGACUCUCUUGGGUUCUUCAGUGUCAAAGACCCUCAAGAAUCAUCAGAAACCCCUCACACUUCCUGUGUGGCCUGUGACGCUCCCCAUCCUGACGGCUUCAGGACUGAAUCACAACUCAAACACACAAACACAUCUGCAUCAAGCGGUGACCUGGUGCAGGUGUUGUGUUGUGCUUCUCGUCUCUAAACCUCAGAAUCAGCUGGAAUAACUGAAAUCACUCACUUUAACAGGUUGUGCUCACCUGAUGAAAUGCCUCGAUCAUUUCUAGUGAAGAGUAAGAGGGCGGGGCAUCACUCCUCACGCUCCGUCCACUCACAGAUUCAACAGCAUGAUGGACAGGUGUCCAGCUGUCACUCAGAGACGUUAGAACUGCGGCCCGGUUCACCUGCUGACACCAAAACCAACCGUUCAUCACUGUACUGGACCAAUAACAGCUCUGAUGCUGAACACUGGAACUCCACUGCAGUGCAUCAGUGUGGUGUCUAUCAGGCGUCUCACUCUGAGCUGUCGUCCCCUGCUGUCGCUGUGGAGAGAGAGACAGAUCUGGAGCGUCUGAUUCAAGCCUUACUCGGUCACCAUCAGCUGAUAAACGCUCAGAUGCCGCUGUGUGAGUGUCCACUCUGCGAGAAGCUCUUGUCGCCUGAGGUGGGUUUGGCAUCUUACUUGCGCAAGUCACAUGUCAACAUGCCUGCUUUCCCAUUGGCUGUCUCCCCAGGCCACGCCCAGCAGCACUAUUCGUACCGACCUACAGGAAUUCUCAGGGUGAAGGAGAGGAGUUUUGGCUGUAAGAUUUGUGGGAAGGUGUUUAAGCGAUCGUCGACUCUGUCCACUCACCUGCUGAUUCAUUCGGACACACGACCAUUCCCCUGUCCGUAUUGCAACAAGAGAUUCCACCAGAAAUCUGAUAUGAAGAAACAUACGUUUAUACACACAGGUGAGAAGCCUCAUGUGUGUGUGGUGUGUGGAAAAGCGUUCAGUCAAAGCUCGAAUCUCAUCACACACAGCAGGAAACACAGCAGCUAUCAGCCGUUCAGUUGCUCUCAAUGCACACUCAGUUUCCAGAAGAGAGUUGACCUGCAGUGCCACCUACAGACACACACUGAGAACAACAGCGGACUCUACCAGGGGACCUGAGAGAAGACAUUCAGCAGAUGUCUUUAAGACAUUUGUAAAUCUGAUCUUUUUAAGAUGUUUAGCAGAUGUUAACCAGAUUGUGAUGCUUUCCAGAGGAAAAGAUCUAAAACAGACAUUUCGGAGAUGUACGUGUGCUGUCAGGGUUUCUCUUGGAUGAAAAGUAGACAUCAGAUGUCUUUGAGAUGUUUAUGAUUUAAAAUGUUUGUAUAUCGGAUCUUUUUAAGAUGUUUAGCAGAUGUUUAUUAGAUUGCGAUGCUUUCCAGAGGAAAACAAAUCUAAAACAAACAUCUUGAAAAUGUUCAUAUGUUAUCAAAGUUCCUCUCGGAUGUCAAUAAACAUUUAACAGAUGUCUUUGAGACGUUUAUGGUUUAUGUUUGUAAAUAUGAUCUUUUUAAGAUGUUUAGCAGAUGUUAAUUAAAACGCAGUGCUUUCCAGAUGAAACGCUCUUAAAAAGACAUUGAGCUCAUGGUAAUAAUACAAUCAUGAUGAUUUUUAACAAGUCAGUAUAUGUUGCAUACUAAUCAAACUCUUGAAAAUGUGAUCUCUGAUGAUAAGACCUGUUUAAUAAUAAAC